AUGGAAACAUCUUGGCUGGACACCGCCAUCGCAUCAUCGCAUCCCGGGGAGAUGGCCGGGUCGAUGAUGCACUUCAAAGUGAGGGCCUCACCGGAGCGACUGAACGCAACCAUUUCUGUGGCCGAGGCACUGGGGAAUCCUUUGCCGGCCGAGUUGAGCCUGGAGCCACAGUCCGGCUGCAGCCAGCAUCGCUUUUUGGUCCUAGGUGAUAUGGGGACCUUGCAGAAACAUCCCAAAUAUCCCAUGCUCGUUGGCUGUGACCGACACCGCAUCAUUGCUCUGGACUGCAGGACUGGUGCGCACCAGGUCCUGCAUGAAAGCAAUUCGAUUGUCAGGAUAUCCUGCUUGUCUCCAACAAGUGGUGAUAUUAUCUAUAGCGUCAUCAGGAACAUGAACAAUUUUGAGGUUGGUGCAGAUGAGCGAGAGUUCUUCAGCCUGAAGUUGGACGACUGCCUGGUGGACGGCUUCGCCACGGCACGCAUUCCCCCGAGGCCACUGACCCUGCCGCAGCCCCAUGAGGAACCCUUCUACGGCAUUGCAGUGGAAAGGAUCAUCGAUUUGGACAAUGGCAGUCGCAUAUACCUCGGUGAUGCAGAGACAGGGACAGGCAUGGUGCAUGUUGGAGCUGAUGGUCAGCUGCUGAUGUGGAGCGAUGACUGUGAAGAUCAUGGUCUUGUGUUGGACGUUGACGCUCCAGCCAAUCGCUUUGGGCUCUAUGAUACCGAGGGCUACGGGGUGUACAUGUUGUCCUUUGAAAGCUACGAGACCUCGGUGAUCGCCGGUGAUUUGCAGCACUGGGGCACCACAGAUGGAGUCGGUCCUCUGGCUCGCUUCUGGCACCUGAAACGGCCCAUGGUCAGCAAUAGGCAUUUGUUCAUGCGGACCGAGGGGCCUGCCGUCUACCAGUGGCGUCAGUGUUGCGUGGAUCUGAAAACCUUGGAAGUCAAAACUGUGUACGUGGUGCAAAAUCAGGGCCAGGCCCUACAACUCUUUGUGGCUUCCCUGGAGGGUGAUGAGGUGCAACCGACCUAUCGGCAGUUCUGUGGCAUUGAUUUGGCUGAAGCGGUGAGUACCGUUGUUUUUCGGUUGCCAUUCAACAAGCGAUUGCAAAUCGAUCGAAGGAUUCUGGUGGCCCGCUCCCAUCAUUUCCGAGAGAUCUUGUCUGUCGACCAGAAUCUCAGCGAAAUUGAUCUAAGCAAAGAAGCGGCUGCUGAUUUGGCAUCCUUCACCGUCCUGCUGCGUUUCUUGAUGACGGAUAGAUGGGAUGCUACCUCCAGCCACGUCGAACCUGACCUGGCUUUCAAUGUGAGACACUUGGCCAAGACCUUUCGGCUGCCAAGGCUGAUGUUGUUGGCCGAAGGUCACUUGCAACAGCAACUCUCUGGGCAAACGGUGCUCAACAUCCUUGGGCGUGUCAUAGGAUCUGGCAGUACCUUGGAGAAGGCCUGCUGGAGCCUGCUGACUCUGGAACGAGAGGCCAUCCUGAAGCAGAGUCAGGCGCAAAUUGAAACGAUCGUGAAAGAACACCCUGAGUUGGCCAUGAAGCUGAUCUUGCUUGGCACAGGUGCUCCUUUAGACCCUGUUCCCAAAAGGCGAAAGACCGUAUGGCCAACCUGA